AUGAGGAAGGAAACAGGCAUGUAUAUAUCUAAGGCGGCGUUAAAGCAUAAUUUUAACCCCCAUGAGACUCCAAAGGACACAUACCUACUAUGCAAACUGCAGUGGGGUGAGACUGGCACACCUUGGAUACACUGGGUCAGAAAUGAGCGUUACCACCAUGCUGAAAGCUACUUCUUGGAGAAGAUCUUUAAGAUGAGAAGAUCCAGUAAUUAUGUCAAGUGUAACAUCACCUGGUACUUGUCCUGGAGCCCUUGUGCAGACUGCUGCCAUAAAAUACUGAAUUUCUUGAAGAGGCACUCAAAUGUAAACAUAGAUAUAUAUGUAGCGCGGCUUUAUUACAUAGAAGAUGAAGAAAUCCGCCAAUGUCUGAAGAACCUUGUGAGCUUGGCGGAAGUAACCAUUGCUGUCAUGAAAAUUGAAGACUAUAUUUACUGUCAGAAAAAGUUUAUCCAAGGAGGUGACGAUGAUGAUUCCUGGACUGUCAGCUUUCAGCCAGAGAUAAGUAAGAAUCGUUUGAAGCUCAAGGACGUCUUUGAG